CCCACGUACAUUCUCACGGUGUUUCUGCUAUGAUGAACACGUGCGCCUGGUUUACCGUCCUAGUCUCCUGCUGCGCCUUCGUCAGCGCCGCCGCUCCAGAUCCCACCUCUUGGGCGACCCAGACCGAGGAAGACAACGCCCCACGAAGGCAAAUUACAGCUGAGUUAUUCCUGAACAAUGGUCUGGACUGGGGCGUGUGGGGCGACGCUGAAUACUGCCCUGAAGGAAGCUUUGCCCAUGCCUUUGAAGUGAAGCUCGAGCUCUACAGUUCUACAGAUGACACGGCUGUCAAUGCUGUCAAGCUCUACUGCAGCACUCCGGCCGAGCAUGACACCGGCUAUGCCAUGUCAACGGAAGGACGGUAUGGAGACUGGAUGGGCAUGCGCAUCUGCGAGACCGGGCACCUGACGGCCAUGCGCGCCAACGUCCUCCAAUCUCAGGGUGUUCUGAACGACGACGUGGCUGUGGAAAACGUGGAAAUGGAGUGUAACUACGGAGAUGAGAUCCUUGCAGGUGUGGAGGAUGCCAGGGAGGAGAGGUUUGAGCUCGGAGAGUGGAGUCGAUGGGCGCACUGCUUCAACGGAUCGGCUGUCUGCGGGAUCGAGAUUCGUUACGAGGAACCGUAUGUGGGUGACGACGCAGCUGUGACUGACCUGGUAAUGUACUGUUGCGACACGAGUGCUCUGGACGACGAGGAGACAGAAGCGUGAAGGGUGAUUUAAGAAUGUGUGUUGGACUAACCCUUGGAGAGCGUGUUCUUGGUUGAAUUAAAGGGGGAAAAAAUA